UAAAAAAAAAAAUAAAAAUCAACUCCUCCCCACUAAACAAACCCCUAUCUUUCUUUUUGUGAAGGUGGUUGUGGAUGUUGCAGAGUGAAACCAGUAGGCUGAAAUACCAUGUUGCUUGACCAGAUGGUCUCAGUCCCUCCUGAAAAUAUUCUUGUAACUCCUCAGGUUAACCACUCACCAGGUGUCCACAGGGACAGAUCUGUACAAGUGAAGAGUGACUGCCCCAUCGCCCUCAAACUAAUGAGAAAACGAGUAAUAAGGCACUCUUGCCCUUGUUGUUGCAAUUAGUUGUUUUGCAGAUGGAGCAGUAUAUUACAGCUUCGAGGAAAGCAAGCAUGGUUGAAUAUUGUGCCGUUUCUAAAGAAAUCUGUUUUCCUUUAUUUUAAACUUCUGUCUUACGUUUUUACAAACCACUGUUUUUGACAAGUCUCAAUAAAAUCUAGGCGGUUCCUCUUGGGGGAUAGGUAGUUGUCGAAAUAAGUAUUUGACUGUCUGUAGUAGAGUCAAGAGCAGAGUUACUCUCAAGUUCCUGAACUUGACUAUGAUGACCAAAUGGCAAGCCAGAAGGAUACAGUGAUUUACUAUAUGCAUUUGCAGAAUUGAAAUUAAUGGGUGCUUCUAAAUCAGUGAAACAUUGGCACAGGUUGCCCAGAGAGGUGGUGGAUGCACUAUCCCUGGAAACAUUCAAGGUCAGGUUGGACUGAACUCUGAGCAAUCGGAUCUAGUUGAAGAUUUCCCUGCUUCUUGCAGAGGAGUUGAACUAAAUGACCUUCAAAAGGCCCUUUUCAACUAAAAAACUGCUCUGUGAUUCUGUGAUGAAAAAAUUGUCAUUUGAUUGUGUUAGCUCAGUGUUCUGCUGUAGGUAGUGCUAUCUCUAUUCCAAACGGGUUUGCCAACUUGCAUUUUUCUCUUCAAUGUCUCCUGCUUAUUGCUGCAACAUUUAUUUAUGCAAAGAUACAUUGAACUGCUGACUGGUAAACCCUAUCUUUUGAAGUCAUGGACAAGUUAACUCUUCAGUUGUAUGAUAAUUUUUAUUGCUGCAUUAAAAUGCUGCAUUUAACUUGUCACUAAUUCAACUGAUAAACUCUUUCAAACAGUGAAUCCACACCUCUGGUUUCUAGAAUUACCAGCUAUUGAUUGUGGUUUGUAUAAAUAAGCUUUUAUAUGAAGAUAUAUAUCAAUACUAAUGGAAAAUAUGCUAAAACAUAUCCUAUGGAGAGCUUUUAACAUUCCAUGAUUUUUAUUGGUUUUCUUUUUCUGAAGUAUUGCUGCAUUUUCUACAGCCCUUGUAUUCUCUGACACUGUAGCCGUGGGAGCCUGCAGUCAUGCAGCUUUUGUUCUCUAGGAGUCCAAUAAGUGGCAGCUCUACAGUAGAAAAGGUGGUAUUAACUUUCCCGAACAGCCCUGCGUGUGAAGUCAUUUUGAAGUAUCUCACAACCAGUGGGAUUUUGCAGCUGAGCACUUGACAUCUUGCAAACUUGUGCAGUGGGAUGUAUUAAGUGAAGAAAAUUGCAACAGAAGCUCCCUCCGUGUUUGGGAUCUUUUAUGGCUUGCCCAUUUGCAGAAAGGCAAAGGCUGAUUGUUGUUAAAAUUGUGGGCUUGGAAAGCAGGUUUUAUCCCCUUCAAACAAAUUAUCACUGUUGUUUGGAGUGCCGUUUUGAUCCCUAGUGGUCAGAAUUCAACUUAAAUAAAUGAGUUUGACAUUAUAAUUACUAAAAAGAAUUUGUUUACAAGGUGAGUGUUAUUAGUAUGGUGUGUAUCACAACAAAUCCAUGUAUCUAAUGAGAAUAUGAUUAUUAGUCUGAGUAGUGCAAACCAAGUUACCUAGAGCUUCAAUCUAGACCUGGCCUGUGAUAAGCAUCUUGCAUAAUCUCAUCUAAGGGACUUCUGAAAAGCAGUAGAAUGAUAUGCUGUUCUAAUUGCUGGUGACUUGCCCAAGCAAUUUGAAGUUGCAGUGUGCACAUUGCAGUUGUGUGUUGUCAGGUUGGCUGAAAACUUGUCUAUCCUCAGCUGGAAUUAAUGAUUUAGCUGGGUAUUUUGUGCUUGAUGGCCAGUCAGCUAGCAUUUUAAUGGAUAUUUAUGUAGUUGAACUUUACUUUUUGUUAGACCAAUUCACAUGGUCAUAGCUGUUUCCCUUCCUUUAUCCAUAGAUUUACAGAGCUCUGGUGCUAACACUAUGUACCAGAGGAUAGAAGAGAUGGCAGCAUGGCUCUGGACAGGCUGAAGGGAAUGGGAAUAUGUGAGAUAAGUAGGUGACAGAAGUACCAAAGAGGUACCUUAACAUUGAUUUGGGGAUCAAAAUGCUGAGUAGAUACUACCAUUGCUGACUGAAACGUAUUUGUCAUUCUGUAAAGUAGUCUUUAGCUUGUGAAUCUGAGCUAAAUUGUAUGCCCAAGGUUAGUAUGAGCAGCAGUGGAGGUUACAUACAGUGAACAUGAAAUGAGUAAGGAGUCUUUGGCUCCUUUUAGAAAAAAAAAUUAAUAAUUUUGAAAGGCUAAACACCGUUUCUUUAAAAAAAACAUGAACAGAAGUGUUCUCCAAGAAGCUUAUACACUUUACACAGUGUUAGUGUGCCCACAUCUUUCUGUGCAUGGCUUUGAGCAACACAGAGUUGGGCUAUUUCGUACUGCUGUUGAAAGAUUGCUUUCAUCCUGAAGAUGAUUUUUGGCUAUUUUAUGGAAUAUAAACAUCUUGGAUGAAUUCCAAACUUUGUUACAUAACCUGUGAGUAUAUUUGUGUGUAACAUUAUGUGAGGGGUAGUGUAAUUUUUUAGUUUAAUGUGGUUUUUUUUUGUCUGUGCCGUUUCUUCCUUAAGUAGUUUCUAUUCCAAGCUGAGAGACAGAGUGUUAGGAAAAGAAAUUUCUGAGAAUAUGACAAGGACACAGUACAUGUGUUUCUUUUGAAAACAUAUUUUUCGUGCUGGCUUUACAUCAAUAGCACGAGGUGAUAAGCAACUGUUCAUGAAAAGCUGAAAUGUUUAUCUUCUUGGGGAUGUCAGUAUAUUUGAUUCCUCAACUGUAUGUACAAAAUAUCUUUUGCAUAAUCCUGUAAUACAGGUGCUUGUAUCAGUUCAUAGCUGAACGUAAUAAUUUUCUUUUCAAAUUCUUUGAAAAUUUUGGAAUAUAUCCAGUCAGUUGUAUUUGGCAUUUGCUUUUGUUCACUUUAAAAUACAGUGGAAAGGAGAUUCCAUGGAGGGCCAUAAUGCCCUAGACUGAAAGAAGGUCUUCUUAACUCUAGUCUUGGAGUCAAGGUAGCCUAAAAGGAGCUUAUGUUCCUAAAGAAUGGGACAAUAACAUUAAUUUCCAUGUGCUGCUUUAUGUUUUCAUUUUAAGGAGAUUGCAUGUUUGGUAUCACCAGCUUGAAGGCAAUAAAUCUCUCUCAUGCAUUGUUACAGAUCCAAUAUGGAAUUUCCAUAUGAAUAAAAAACAAAGCAUUUUACAUCUUUUUAGAAAAUAAAAAAUUAAAAAGCUUGAUUUUCAUACCUCAGUAUUUACUUUGAGACUUCAUGCUUUAAAUUAGCUUUUAUUGUUUUUUGAAGACUUUUAAAAAUAACAUUAUUAAAUAAUAGCAUCAGAUUUCAAAGCCAUGUCACUGUCAGACUUUCUACUGAGUUUUUUACUUGUUUAAUCAAAUAAAAUAAGAUUUUGGGAUGAUAGAGCAGAACUGGUUGAGCAUUACUAGUCUAGCAGAACUGUUGUAACAUGCUUCUUAAAUUUUGCAAAGAUAAAGUGACUAUCAAAGUAGUUAUAGAAGAAGGAUUAGUUUGUGACUUCUUUGUAAAUGCUUCUUAGUGAGUGGAGCCUGCCAGGUGAUAUGAAGAAGUCAGGGUUUGAAAUGCAGUCUGAAUAAUUAAGGUGAGAAUCAAGAGAAACUUUCCCAGUGGAAUUUCCCUGUGCUGUGGCAAGUGUUCAUCUGUAAUCCCAAGGCAGCCAAUGACUGGGAGCUGAGUGUAUCUGCAAGGUGGCUUUAUCCUCAUUUUAUGUUUUCUCUGGAUGCAUAAUCCCAUAUUGUGUGGAAGUUCUUUGGACCUUUGGUCUGAAUCAGGGUGGCGUGCCUCGAGCAGCUGCGGGUUCUUGGGAAUUUCAACAACAACUUACAAAUCUUUUGUCUUCUUAUUUCUGCAGCUUACAAAGGUGACCAGUAAAGUUCUCUGUGAGCAGCCAAAAAGCAGACAGCUCAUGACUUCUGAUCAGGACACUAAAGUUGUGGCUGAACCGCAGGUGCAGCAAGUACAAGAAGUUAAGGACGGUUCUCAUCUAGAGUCAACCAAGGUUUCCGAGUUAAACCCCAAUGCAAAGGUGUGGGGAAAUCAUAUGUUACACUUGGAAGCAAGUGGUGCCACUGAUGGUAGUGUGAGCAAAACGUGGGAAGAAAUACCUGACCAGCCUCCAGAUUCUUGUAAAGAAGGACUGGAUGCCAAUGGCGAUGGUGACAAAAAGCAUCAGAAUGCGGUGCUGACAGAGCUGCCGGAGCCGUCCCCAGCUGUUCCCGGCUCAGAGCACACGGAUAUGAACCCUUUGACUCUCGAUCAUUCCGAGUAUGAGUCUAUGCAUGAAACCACCCAGACAGGUGGAAACGAACAGUUGCAGCCAGAAGGUCAGGAAGAUUUACGAGAAUUACUGAAAAAGACACUGGAAUUCUGUUUAUCUAGAGAAAAUCUUGCCAGUGACAUGUACCUUAUAUCACAGAUGGACAGUGAUCAGUAUGUGCCAAUAAUGACAGUAGCAAACCUUGAUCAUGUCAAGAAACUCAGUACUGAUAUGGAUUUGAUUGUUGAAGUGCUGAGAUCGUUGCCUUUAGUUCAGGUGGAUGAAAAGGGGGAAAAAGUUCGGCCAAAUCAGAAUCGCUGUAUUGUGAUUUUACGUGAAGUACCUGAAUCUACUCCCAUUGAAGAGGUUGAAGCACUUUUCAAAGGAGACAAUUUGCCUAAGUUCAUCAACUGUGAGUUUGCCUAUAAUGACAAUUGGUUCAUCACAUUUGAAUCGGAAGCUGAUGCACAGCAGGCUUACAGAUACCUUAGAGAGGAAGUGAAGACUUUCCAAGGAAAACCAAUUAAGGCAAGGAUAAAAGCAAAGGCAAUAGCUAUAAACACAUUUUUGCCAAAGAAUGGAUAUAGACCUCUGGAUAUGAACCUCUACACGCAGCAGCGCUACACAACAUCCUUUUACAUACCUCCAGUAUACAGCCCCCAGCAGCACUUCCCACUCUACAGCUUAAUUGGCCCACAGACCUGGUCAGCCACGCACAGCUACCUUGACCCUUCGUUGGUAACACCAUUUCCAAAUACUGGAUUUAUCAAUGGAUUCACAUCUCCAACCUUCAAGCCUGCUGCUUCUCCACUGACAACACUCAGACAAUAUCCUCCCAGGAACAGGAAUCCUAGCAAGUCACAUAUACGACAUACAAUACCCAGUGCAGAAAGGGGACCUGGGCUUCUAGACAGUCCUACAAUAUUCAACUUUUCUGCUGAUCGUUUAAUCAAUGGCGUCAGGAGUCCACAGACACGGCAGCCGGGACAAAGCAGGACACGGGUGCAGAGUGCCACCACCAGUUACACCAAGAGGGAAGUGGGAACUGGACGGAUGGAACAGAGCAGCGUUGACUCGUCCCCUGGGCUAGGGAGAGGAAGGAAAAACUCAUAUGGCUACCGAAAGAAAAGGGAGGACAAGUUUACAAGAGGCCAAACACAGUCUCCACCACCCCCAAAACCUCCAUCUCCCAGCUUUGAAUUGGGAUUAUCUAGCUUUCCUCCAUUACCUGGGGCUGCUGGCAAUUUAAAGACUGAAGACCUGUUUGAAAACAGACUGUCCAGCGUGGUAAUAGGAACGUCAAAAGAAAGAAACAUUAAUGUGGAUGCAAGUACAAACACUAUUCCAUCAGGAAUUCCUCGAGAGCCGUUACCAGUUUCUUCUACAUUGCCCAGGACCUUUGAAAGGUCUCCUUCGCCACCCCAGCCUACUGAGGACUCCAAAGUUGUGGAAAAACAGCAGAGAGAGACACAGAGUACAGAAAGACUUUCUUCUUCCACAAUGAGUACUGCAUGUAAAUCGGUACAAGUCAAUGGGGCUGCCAUAGAACUGCGAAAACCUAGUUAUGCGGAAAUUUGCCAGAGAACAACUAAGGAUCCUCCUACAUUGCAACCCCAGAAAGAACAGAAGCCAAACACUGUAGCAUGUGGGAAAGAAGAAAGAAAGCCCACAGAAACAAUAGAGAAAAACAGAGAACCUCCUCCUGCAAAGUCACAUCCUGGACAACCCAAAGACCAGAGGAGACAGUCAGGACGCAGAUCAUCCCCUCCAGCCGUUGGCAAACGCUUAAAUAAAGAACAGAGUACCCCUCCAAAAUCUCCUCAGUGAAAAUAACACCUGGGAGGGAUUUGAGAAGAGGUCUGUUUCCCACAAAUUAAACCCAUGUUCCCACUAAGAUACCUGAGAAUGAGUUGCUGGUUAGGAGCUUGCAGUGAUACAAGGCAUGUAACAAUGCCUGCAAGUUAUUUUUCUGUGAAAUACUUUUUCCCCUCUUGAACAAACAUUCUAUUUUUCUGGGUAUUUCUGGAUAGUUGUUCUAAACCUUACAUUUAGAUUGGUGCUUAAUUGGAGGUGAAGCUUAGUGUGAUUUUUUUUUUUUUUUUUUUUCCAAGGUGUAAAAUAUUUGUCUUUAAAAAAACCAACUUUUUAUUAAGCCUCUCUGUGGCUGUGUGAGUGCAAGCUCUGUAUAGUGAGUUUUUUCUAAACUGUUAAGCAGAAACAUGCUGCUGCAAUAUUUUUAAUAAACUGGUCCGCAAGUACAUAUCUAAAGUGUCCAAAAGACUGAUAACGGCAGCUAGUGUGUAGAGUGCAAGAAAGUAGAUAUAUUUUACAAAUUAGUAUGUGACCUUGAAGAUUUUUUUUUUAUUGGGCUACUGUACUAAGUGUCAGCAAAUGAACUUGCACUUUUAGGUUAAAUGAGUAGCUGUUUCUAGCAUUUUUAAAAACUUAAUUUUUUUUUGAUGUUUUGCACACUGAAAAUUAAUUCUACAGGGCACCAUAGCAGUCUUUCUGAAAUAUUUCCUUUUUUGACUUACUGCAAGCAAGUAACCAUCUUCUCACUCCAGAAUAAAACUGAUGUUAUAAUUUGCAAAUACAAAGCACAUUGUGAAUAGAAAGAAUCAAGUCUGUGAGCUUCUAUGGUGGUGAAGCCUGUUAGUGGAUGUUAUCAGGAGAAAGCAGAGUAGCCUUCUUGUGAUAAACUUAGCUUCCCUGUGCUUGUAAGGGAGUUAACUGAGUCAGCGCUGUAUAUUCUGGUUACCCCUGUGCUCUGUGUAGACUUUUUUUUAAAACUCUGCCCCAAGUGCUCUUUGAAAGAGUUCAUAUCUUAGUCAGCCUUGUGUUGACAUCUUCCUGUAACUACAAGCAUUGGCAUACAGAUUUAAAUUUUUCAAGACGUGAGAUAAUGGUGUUUGUUUUGUGUGGUGGAGGAAGAGAUCCCUGAUAUUUACCUCUGGGAUGAGGUUUCUCACACUUAUUUACUUUAGAAGUGAUGCGCUUUCUGAAGGACAAGGAUGCACUAAAUUAGCAAGUUUCUAAUAAAGUUGAAUAUAAAUUAUUUUUGUUUUAAAAUGCCUAAAGCUUUUCUUUAAGUGUUGAAACUGCAGGAAGUUCAGACAAAACUCAUUCCUGCUGACUAUGACAGUACAGUUUAUUCCACAAAAAUGUUUAUUUAAACAACUGAUUUUUUUAAAGAAUUAUUUCCAUCCAAUAUUUAAAGACUUGAAUUUUAUUUAAACUUGAAAAUGACUUUGCCUUAACUUUUGUACAAGACAGUUUAGAGUUAAUGAGGUCUGACCCCGUGGAGGGUUAGCAUGAAUGGCAUACAGAAUUACUCAGUUACAGUAUGUAUCUAUUGUCACUGGUCUUACUGGGUAAACAUACUGUAGUACAGGAACUAGCAGCAGUUUUUGUAAUAUACCUUAAAGAUCUUAAACAGUUGAUCUUUUUCAGAUUGUUGAAAAACCUGUAAAUGCAAAUAGUCAAUACUGUAUUAAAUAUGUGCACUUGGAAGUGUGUGCUUUGCUUGUACAGUUGUAAAUAAUCAGAACAUAUAAAAAGGUACCCUAAAGAAAAAAAUCUGAUAAAAAUUAUUGAUAUUAUAAAUGUUGCUGUUGAGCUGGAUGUAGAUAAACUAAAUGUUGUGGUUUGAAUAUUACUUUAAUUUGUUGUUUUUUCUUUUUCUUAUUUUAUUCUGGUGUGUUGAACUGACUCUGCCUCUUCACUGCAAAAGGGAAAUGGAACGAAAGUCUUAUUUGAAAGCCCUCAAAUGUUUUCCUGAAGUCCCUUUAAAACCAAACAGUUUAACCAAUUCAAAAGUGUUCUGCAAUGUAAAUAAUGAAUGUCAGCAGUCAAACUGUAAUUUUUAAGUCAUUAAUAAAAAUCAAGUCUAAUUGGGGAAAAACUUGACUGCUGCAAAAAUAUACACUGAAGCUUACUUGUCUGCUUUCAAGAGUAUCAAUGCAUGGUUCAUAGAACUGUAAAGUAACUGUAGAAAUUGACUCCUGAUAAAUUUCCUAUUACAAGCAUCAAUUGGUAACUAGUUGGCAUUGUAAAUCCAGCCUGUUGUAUGCUGCAGAAUUGGUCAAAAUAGGGCAUGUGGAGUCUGUUGACUUUUUUCUUGUUUAAAAAGCGCACUUUGUGAAUGCUGUGGGAGGAGAUAGGACCCCGACACCAUCACCAAAACUGCUCAACUACUUCUGUCAUUGGAUUUUUGUAUCCCCUUCUCCUUUCCCCAGCAGCAGUGAAAGCGGUAGCUAGAUUUGUGUAUGGUUUAGGCCAGCUGUAUGAUUCAUUUUGUUUGUCUGCUGCAAGUGAAAGGCUUUACCAGCUGCAAACAGUGGCAAGUGGUCCCUUCCAGCGGCUGCGAGCGGCUCGUCCUGGUGCUCAGCCGGUACCCGAGGUGAUCUGUUGAGACCAGUGGGAUGUGUUGUGCUGUUCUAAUGUAUUCUGCUGCCAUUUGUGAUAGGUCAAUACACUGUAAUUACUGCUUACCCAGCAACAGUCUGUUGCAUCUAAAGUUUAAACCUUCCUCUGAUGUGGUUUUAUAGCUUUUUUUUUUAAUUUUAAAAAGUGACACGCCAAAUCGCUGUGUAAUAUACAAUACAACUUCUCCUUACUGUAUUUUGCUUUGAGAUUUCUUCCCCCCCCACUCAGUGACAAAAUGGAGUUUUCGGAGUAGAGUUGUGAAGUUGCAUGCAGACUGUUGCUACGAUACAGAGAGGAAUUAAAACAUGGCUUUUAAAAUGAAAAACCUCCCAAAAGCAGUAGCUGAGCUCAAGGUUCAGGGAUACAGUAAUUAAAAUUGGCAUUUUACCCUGUUAGAACUGUGUAGUGAUGCUUUUCAUUUUGAAAACAAGUCAAAAUGGGGUCUGAGAUUGUUCCAGGAAUUUAACAAAAAAAGGUUGCUUUCAAAACUGAAUGUAAUUUCAGAUCAGUCCCCCCCUCCGCCCUUGACACUGUCACUUAGAAAUGUGCGAGCAGUGGCAAAUUUUUGAUGUUGCUGCAUUAUCCUUUAAAACCUUGAGCUGUUGGCAUGGAAAGGCCCUUGUUGGAGAGUGGUGCAGUGUAUCAGGAGCAACAGCUGACUGUAAUGGUGCACACCUAUCUCUGUAUCUCCUUCAGCUACAGGUAGGGGUUUUGUGCUUCGUAACCUAUUACACUAAUAGCAGCAGACAAUCCGAGAUUUCUAAGGAGACCUAACAGCUGCCAAUUCACGAAGUAGAAGUGUAAUAUGGGAGCCUUUUUGAGGGUUUUUGUUUUUGUUCUUCUUCCAUUAAGACUGGAAUCAAGCUUACAUGUAAACUAUCAGUAAUUUAAGUUUCCUUUUGUGUCAUAAAAUGUAAAACUGUCUAAUUUGAAAAAAAUAUGUAGGUUAUGAAAAAUAAAGAUUUAGGCACUGUUGAA